GCUUUUCAACUUUGUUUUCCUAGCGGAGUCUUUUUCGUUUUUCUUCUGUAGAAAAGGGAGCGGGAGGAUAGGUCAGAGAAGGGGCGUGGCUGUGGUGUGAGAAGGGGCGGAGCUGAGCGCGAUGCUUUCGCUCUGAGAGGACUCCGGAGGGAUAUUCGCCGCCGAGGGCGUCCUCCGCGGUGUUUUCUCCGCUCCGGGCGGCAUGAGCAGCGUCUGGAGGCUCUUGCGCGCCCUGAAGCUCCGGGUUUUGGGGCCGGAGAAGCUACCGGUGGGCGUCGACCACCUGGGGAACAAAUAUUACCGGAUCCCGAAACACGAAACGUGGGCAGGACAUAUCAUUCAGGAGAGAAGAUUUGUGGAAGCAGUAAAUAUAAAGGAACACGAGUAUGAAGUGGGGGAUAUUCCAACCGAAUGGGAAGGUUCCAGGGGAGAUCCGGGAAAUUACAGGCCAGUCAGCCUGACGUCAAUACCGGCUUGGAUUAGAAAAAGGAGAAAGGAGCCACCUACAGUUGAGGAAAUUCUUAAGAAUGAGAACAACAGAGAAGCAGUAAAAAAGAAGGUGGAGGAGGUUUAUGAAAAAGACAGACUGCUGCAAGCCAAAGAAUAUGAAGAGGGACUUGUGGCAACACCGGUUCAAACUCAGAUUAAAGGCCAUGCAUCAGCUCAGCAUUAUGGAAGGAAUGAACCCUCUGAAGACCCAGUCAGCACAGCAAAUACUUUUCAGCCUGGUUCCUGGAAACCCCCACAGGAUCAGGAACAUAAAAAAUAAGGGGCCAGUUGCAAAAUGUCAGGAAUUCUAUCAGUCGUUUAAGCAGCAACCCCAUUCAAUCAAGUGAAGUAUCUAAAUAUGUAUGUAUGCAUUAAGAAAGUUAAGCAGCAUGUUUAGAACGGAUGCUCAGGUUUCAUACAUUGCAGAAUGUGGCUAACUAGUGAAUUUGAUUUUGAGUAAACACAGGCAAGGCUGUUAGUGUAAACCUCAUACUAAAUUGUAGAAACUGAGUUCUGAAAUGUGCUUUGAAAAUCUAAACAUAGUAUUAUUAGCUGAAUGCUAUGCAUUGGGGGGAAUACUGCUUUCUAGGGUUAGGAAAGACCUUUAACUUGUACGAAAAACAUUCAUAGUGGCAGCUACCAGGCUAUCUCCAUUCAGAUGAGAGCGGGAGUAACCUGGCAGCUGUUGGCUUACGCAUAUGGACAGCUCCCUUUUGAAGCAAGAUGCAAAUAAGUUUAUCAAGGAAAUAGAUUUCCUAGAGUUUUACAGUCUGUGAGCCUGAUCACAGCUGGUCACUUACCUACAUUUGGAGGUAAGCUUGUUCCUCCCAUGUAAUGCUGCUUAGAUUUUUUAAAAAGGUAUGUAUGUAUAUACUCCAGUCAGUUCACACUAAAAGCUUAAUUCACUCUGCUUAAAUUAAAAAAAAUGUUUUAAGGAUCUGAUGCGUUAUAAAAAUUUAAGCUUAAUGCUGUAACUUAAUAUAACCGUGGACAAAGCUGGAGUACUUCUUUAAAAAUUAUACUUUGCAACUCCUUUUCCAUAUGGCAUUCUCCUUCUUUGAUGAAGCUUUACAUUUCAUAUCUAGGUUAAGGCUUGUACUAGCCCACAGAUGCUUAGAAAUAAAUCCAAUGAUAUAGGAAAA